AGGAAGUAGAACCACGUUCGCGUUCACAACAAUGGAGUCAAGCACGGAUGCGGUUCCUCAGAAUAUGUUUACUUGCCAUUUGUGCAGUUUAUCUACACCAUUCACAUACUACGGACAGAAGCCACCCAAUACCAGGGCUAUUGUCUUGUUGGAAGAGUGUUUUGUGACCAAGGAUCCUUUCAGUCCAGACGGAGAGAGGUUCCUUAUCCUGGGAUCCAACUGCAGUUUGUGCCACAUCACAGUUUGUGUUGGAACGGGCUGCAGCCUUUUCUACUCCAAGCGAUUCUGCAUGCAGUGUGUGAACAAACACUUGGACCAGUUCCCCCCUCACAUUCAAGCUGAGCUCGCCAAGAAAAAGCAGCCAUCAAAGACAGAUGUUUCAUGAUUUCUGUAAGACACAUUAAAGACUCUGGAGGUACUUCAGGAAGGAAAAUCUCUAGCCUUUCAAUUGGAAGAUAUCUCUUAGGGUUGUGGCUAGCGUGCUUGCCUUGGUCAGGUGACCCGGGUAGUAUUCCCACUUAGGGCGAUACUCUCUUGUGAUAUACCCCGCUGGAAUAGACAUGUUUCUGUUUUGGGAGAAAUGGUUUGAACUGAACAUAACUUCUGGGCCACAUAAGGGAUUCUACUUGGUGUCAUACAGUUUUACCACUAGAUGUCAGUAAAGACUUAUUACCAGACUGAAAAUGACAGUUCAUUACAUCCCUCAUUCACAGCAGCUGAAUACAAUGAGUCCCAACCUCAAAAUAUAUAAUGUACCUUGUUUAAUAUUUCAAUAUAACAUGGAGAAAUUUGACAAAAAUAUAUAUAUACUACCAGAAAUACAUGUAGUUUGCACUUUAUGAAAUAUGCUUCGCCCAAGCAGUGAUAGAAAUGCUAUUUUUCUAUAGAUGACGACAAUGUUUAUAAAACAAGAUGCACUGACUUGUUGAUCUUGCAGAGUAAAUGAGAACUCUGCUCCCAAGGAACAUUCUGUGUAUGCCUCAAAUGGUACCUUAUUUAUACUAGUGCACUACUUUUGACCAAAACCGCCUGCGCCCUGGUUGAAAGUAGUGCACUAAAUAGGGAGCCAUUUUGGACAAAUCCUAAAUUGUAUGUGUCCCAGUGAGGGAACUCCAAGUACAUAAGCAAUUGUAACCACUAAACUGCAGUGAUAGUCAGAUUUUGUCAAAGUCAGUUGACAAUAGGCGAGCUGCCAACUAUGAUGGAAGGCAUUUAACACUGAGGAGAUGUCACUCUGGACUGGAAGCAGAUUUAAAAAGCACAAACAAAAUGGAGAUGUUGAACCCUGAACCCAACAUUGCCAAAUGCAGGACAGGUAUACUUCCACAGAACCUUUCCCUCUCUCCCAACUCUUUAGGGAGACGAUUACAAACAAAAAUCUCCUUCCCUUGUUCCAAAAACUGACAGUGUCAUUCUAUGACCGAUCAUACAAGACUGUAAUCCACUUUCUUUUGUCAUAAACCAAUAAAAAUGCAAUACCAUUUUUAUCUGAA